CAAUUUCUUUUUCUUGAUAGACGAAGAAAAUUUGGGAGUGAAAAAGGUAGAGUUUGACUUCUUUCUUUUGAAUUUUCUUCAGCAAAUUCUGAUUGAGCUUGGUACGAUUUUCUUCAUAUGGUGGGGGUGCCUUGUUAGAAUUAGUUGAGAUGGCGAUAGGAAACUCAGAAGUAGCAACUAUGGAGGUGGAAGCCGAGUCCUCUAAUGGAAAAGAGACUCUAUUAGAUUCUGACUUAACGAAGAAUCUUGAUCUUGCUCUUGCUCAAGUGAAGGACGAUGAAAAAGAAGAAGAUGGAAUCAAAGCUGAGGCUUCAACAAAGAAGAAAAAGAAGAAAAGUAAAAGCAAGAAGAAGAAGAAUUCUCUUCAACAGACUGAUCCACCUUCAAUUCCUGUUCUUGAGCUCUUCCCUUCAGGUGAGUUUCCUGAAGGGGAAAUCCAACAGUACAAGGAUGAUCAUUUGUGGAGAACAACAUCUGAGGAGAAAAGGGAGAUGGAGAGGCUGCAAAAACCGAUAUAUAACUCUCUUCGCCAAGCAGCGGAAGUUCAUCGUCAAGUUAGGAAGUAUGUGAGAAGCAUAUUGAAACCUGGAAUGUUGAUUAUUGACCUCUGUGAGACUUUAGAGGACACUGUUCGUAAGCUGAUAUCAGAGAAUGGUCUUCAAGCUGGAAUCGCAUUCCCAACCGGGUGUUCUCUGAAUAAUGUUGCUGCUCAUUGGACACCAAACUCUGGAGAUAAGACUGUCCUUCAGUAUGAUGAUGUGGUGAAGUUGGAUUUUGGAACACAUAUUGAUGGGCACAUUGUGGAUUCUGCUUUCACAGUUGCGUUCAAUCCAAUGUUUGAUCCUCUUUUAGCAGCCUCACGUGAAGCAACAUAUACUGGUAUCAAGGAAGCCGGGGUAGAUGUCCGGCUCUGUGAUGUUGGUUCUGCAAUUCAGGAGGUCAUGGAGUCUUAUGAGGUUGAAAUCAAUGGAAAAGUCUUCCAAGUCAAAAGUAUCAGAAACCUGAACGGGCACAGCAUUGGACGCUAUCAGAUACACGCUGAAAAAUCUGUUCCUAAUGUUAGAGGAGGCGAGCAGACUAAAAUGGAAGAGGGUGAACUAUAUGCCAUUGAAACUUUUGGAUCAACCGGAAAAGGAUAUGUGAGAGAAGACUUGGAAUGUAGCCAUUACAUGAAAAACUACGAUGUGGGACAUGUCCCUUUGAGGUUACCAAGAGCAAAACAACUCCUUGCUACCAUAAACAAGAACUUCUCCACUCUAGCCUUCUGCAGACGCUAUUUGGACCGCCUUGGUGAAACGAAAUACUUAAUGGCAUUAAAAAAUCUCUGUGAUUCUGGCAUAAUUGAGCCAUGUCCUCCAGUUUGUGAUGUGAAAGGAAGCUAUAUUUCUCAGUUUGAGCAUACGAUCUUGUUGCGGCCAACUUGCAAAGAGAUUAUUUCCAAAGGAGACGAUUAUUGAAAUGGUGUUUUUGCUUUUGACAUAUGGUGAUUUUAGCAGAAUUUUAUUUUAAAAUUUUAAAACCCUCGAGACCUAAUAUAUAUAUCUUUAUUGUAUAACUUCUUCCCCGGGUAA